GACCUCAACCGAUUAAUUUGUCUUCCCGUCUGUCUGUUUGUGUUUGUGUUUGUCCAGCAGUAGUGAUGGCGUCCUGUGACUUUAACCAGGACAGUGCACCAUUUUGCAAGUUCAGUCAGGACAGCACUGACAAUGGAGACUGGACGAGACACAAAGGUCCAACCCCAACACCUGACACCGGCCCAAGUGGAGAUUACCCUAAUGGAGAGGGUUUCUAUAUCUACCAUGAGUGUGACAAUGUGGCUAAUGGACAGAAAGUUCGUCUGCUGAGCCCUGCUCUCUCGUCAUCAGCCUCUCAAGUCUGUGUUCAGUUUCGAUACUACAUGUAUGGAGCAGACAAUAACAAUGUGUUGAGGGUUCUGUCAAAGAGGCAUGGCAGUGAAAGCGAGGUCUGGAAGAAGACAGGUAUCCAGAGUCCAUCCUGGCUGAAGGGUACUGUCACCGUGUUCAAACCCAGCAGCCAGAGCAUCAAUAUUGUGUUUGAGGCUCAGAGAGGCUUCAGUUCGUCCAGUGAUACAGCCCUGGACAACAUUGUCAUCACUGAAGGAGCAUGUCCCUCUUGUGUGUCUGGCUGUGACUUUGACGUUAUUGAUGACCUGUGUGGAUGGACGACUCAAACUGACAAUCCUGAUUUGUUUGGCUUCGAACAGUGGAAUGGGCAAACAGACACUGAAGGCAGUGGCCCUAAUGAUGACUUCUCCAAACCUGGCUUGGGCCUCUACAUGUUGAUGGACUCUUUUGAGGCUGUCCCUGGAGAAACGUCUCAAAUUAGAAGUCCUGUAAUGACCCCUUCCUCUGGAUGUCUGGACCUCACCUUUCACUACUACUUGUACGGCACCAGCACCACCAUGGAGCUCAGUGUCCACACCAUCACCACAGGUGGAAGCCUUGGACCUGCUCUCUUCACUGUCAGAGGAAACCAGGGUCAGGGCUGGAAGCCUGCAGAGGUCCGGUACGUGGGAAAUGCUGCAAUUCAGUUUGUGAUCGUGGGAACCUUUGGAGAAACUCCUGAGACGGACAUUGCUGUUGAUGCUGUGUGCGUCAUGGCAUGCACAGUGACAACUCCUAAACCACCAACUGCCGGUCCAUCAACACCUAAACCACCAACUGCCGGUCCAUCCACACCUAAACCACCAACUGCUGGUCCAUCCACACCUAAACCACCAACUGCCGGUCCAUCCACACCUAAACCACCAACUGCUGGUCCAUCCACACCUAAACCACCAACUGCCGGUCCAUCAACACCUAAACCACCAACUGCCGGUCCAUCCACACCUAAACCACCAACUGCCGGUCCAUCCACACCUAAACCACCAACUGCCGGUCCAUCAACACCUAAACCACCAACUGCCGGUCCAUCCACACCUAAACCACCAACUGCCGGUCCAUCAACACCUAAACCACCAACUGCCGGUCCAUCCACACCUAAACCACCAACUGCCGGUCCAUCAACACCUAAACCACCAACUGCCGGUCCAUCCACACCUAAACCACCAACUGCCGGUCCAUCAACACCUAAACCACCAACUGCCGGUCCAUCCACACCUAAACCACCAACUCCCGGUCCAUCAACACCUAAGCCACCAACUGCCGGUCCAUCCACACCUAAACCACCAACUGCCGGUCCAUCCACACCUAAACCACCAACUGCCGGUCCAUCAACACCUAAACCACCAACUGCCGGCCCAUCAACACCUAAACCACCAACUGCCGAUCCAUGUCCUCCUAAUGCUGAGUAUAUAGAAUGUGGUCCUGCUUGUAUCCCUACCUGUAUGGAACCUUCCACCAACUGUUCUGGUUCCUGUAUCACUGGCUGUUUCUGCAAACCAGGAUUUGUCUUCAAGGGACGGCGCUGUGUGCCACUAGAGAAAUGUGGCUGUCUUGAUGACCAUAAUAAUUAUUACGAGCCUGGCGAGAUUAUAUUUGGAGAUGGCUGUUCAAAGCUGUGUCGCUGUGCAGGGAACUACACCUUGGAAUGUGUUGAUAACUCUUGUGACCCCACUGAAGAGUGUCGUGAAGUCAAUGGUGUUGCAGGCUGCUAUCCUAAAGGUACAUCCUCAUGCAUUGCAUCCGGAGAUCCCCACUACACCACCUUUGACAAGCGCAAGUACAACUUCAUGGGCAACUGCAGCUAUUUGAUGUCCGGACCCUGCAAUGAUACAACUCUGCCAUACUUUGAGGUCCAUGCAGACAAUGAAAAUCGCUUUAACAGGCCUGACAUCUCCUACCUGAAGGCUGUACAUGUAUAUGUAAGCACAGUGAAGAUCUCUAUCCUCAAAGGCGGCACUGUGCAGGUGAAUAGGACGAAUGUAAACCUGCCAGUGACUCCGGCCCUGGGUGUCUCUGUGUUUAAAUCAGGAAAGCACUACACUGUGUCCAUGGACUUUGGUGUGACUGUUCGUUAUGAUGGAAACCACUUCAUGGAUAUUAAAGUGAUCAAAGAUUAUAAAAACAAGCUGUGUGGACUGUGUGGAGACUACGAUGGAGAUUCCAAAGACGAUUUCCGUAAACCAGAUGGGUCACUGACCACCAAUGCCAAUGAUUUUGGACAAAGCUGGAACACGGACCCAGAGUGUAAUAAGAAACCCAACACCACCAUCCCUGAAUGUGAAGGAGAGCAGGAACUGUAUGAGAGCUCUGGAUACUGCGGCAUGCUGCUGGACAAAAAGGGUCCUUUCGCUGUGUGCCACGCCAAAGUCAACCCAAAUAAUUACUUCAGGGACUGUGUGUUUGACCUGUGUGAGCUGGAUGGAGCCAAGCCCAUUCUGUGUGAAGCCAUAGAAGCCUACGUCAAUGAGUGCCAGGACCGUGGGGUUAACGUUGGACCCUGGAGGAAUGAAACCUUCUGCCCUCUGAGCUGCCAACCCAACAGCCACUAUGAGCCCUGUGCAGACCCCUGUCAGGAGACAUGUACUGGGAAACCUCCUUCCUGCAGUGGGCCCUGCUCUGAGGGCUGUGUGUGUAACCCUGGCUACGUCCUGAGCGCCGGCAAGUGCGUCAAGAAGAGUUCAUGUGGCUGCACAUACAACGGCCAGUAUUAUGAGCACGGAGACGAGUUUUAUUUGAAUGACUGUAAGCAGAAGUGUAGGUGCAAUUCUCCAUCCGUUACCUGUGAAACCACUGAAUGCCCCCCAAUGCACGAGUGUAAACUCCAGGAAGGAGAGCUGGGCUGCUAUCCCACCAGCUCCCAGGACUGUGUGGUUUCCGGAGAUCCUCACUACAACACGUUUGACAAGAAGUUCUACACUUUCAUGGGAACAUGCACCUACACAUUGGCCAGAACCUGCCAGAACAACACCGGUCCUUGGUUCUCAGUGGAGGCGAAGAAUGAGGAGAGAGGAGUAAAAGGUGUCUCCUACCUGAGGAAACUCUACGUCACUGUGAACGGAGUCACCGUGACCCUGAUGAAAGCCAGGAAGACACUGGUGAACGGACGGCGAGUGGCCCUGCCUCACUCCCCCUCUCCUCUCAUGUCUAUCAGCCUCGCUGGUCAGUACAUCACCCUGCAGACGCCCUUCGGCCUCAAGGUGCGCUGGGAUGGAAACCAUUACGCUCAGAUCUCAGUUCCCAGCUCCUACAAGGACCAGAUGUGUGGUCUCUGUGGUGACUAUGAUGGGAACCCAAACAACGACUUCACCAAACCAGAUGGCGUUCUGGUAGGAAAUGUCAAUGACUUUGGGAACAGCUGGCAGACAGAAGAAGAUGAGGAUGACUCGUGUACCCCCGGCACCAAGCCUGACCCAGACUGUGACCCCAAACUUGAAGCUGAGGUGGUGAAACCAGACAAAUGUGGCAAAAUCAAAGACCCUGCUGGACCCUUCAGGGAGUGUAUCAGUGUGGUGAAUCCCACUCCGUUCUUCCAGAGCUGUGUGUUUGACAUGUGUCAGUUCAACGGCCAGCAGCAUGUGCUGUGCGACCAGCUCCAGGCCUACACCGACGCCUGCCAGAGCGCCGGAGCCAAAGUCCACCCGUGGAGGACUAAAGACUUCUGUCCCCUGGCCUGUCCUCCCAACAGCUCCUACUCCCUGUGUGUGAGUUCGUGCCCUGAGACGUGCCUCGGCGUGGUCGGACCAUCCGGCUGUGAGGACGUGUGCGUGGAGGGCUGUGAGUGUAACCCUGGCUUCAUCCUCAGCAACGACAAGUGUGUCUCAGUGAGAGACUGUGGCUGUGUGGACCCCAGUGGAGGCUAUCACCCUGUGAAUGAUAACUGGUACUUGGAGGGUUGUGAACAGGAGUGUGUGUGUCACAGUGGAGGUUUGAUCCAGUGUCACAACACCAGCUGUAAACCAGCCACUGAGAGCUGCCAGCUAGUUGAUGGAGAAUAUGAAUGUCGUCCUCUGGGAAAUGGUAUCUGCUCAGUAUCUGGUGACCCUCACUAUACCACCUUUGACAAACACACCCACCAUUAUAUGGGAGCCUGCUCCUACACCCUGACCAAACCCUGCAACGCCUCCUCCGGCAUGCCGUACUUCACUGUGGACACCCAGAACGAGCACAGAGGAAGUAAUAAGAAGGUUUCCUACGUCAGGGCAGUGGUGAUCAAUGUUAGUGGUGUGACUGUCAUCCUCGGCAAGGGCCGCACUGUCCAGGUCAAUGGGACAGUGGUCGUCCCACCUGUCACCUCCAUCAGUGGAGUUAAGAUCUACUUGAGCGGCAAGUUUGUUGUGCUGGAGACAUCCUUCGGCCUGAGGGUGCGCUUCGAUGGAAACCACCACGCUGACGUCACCUUGCCAACCUCCUACAACGGCCUGCUCUGUGGCAUGUGUGGAAAUUUCAAUGGAAACUCCAAAGAUGACAACUUAAAACCAGACAACACACCAGCAGCUAACACCAAUGAACUGGGAGACAGCUGGCAGGUUCCUGACCCGCGGCCUGACUGCACCAACGGUGGAGGACAGGAAGACUGUGAUGAAAAGGUGGAGGAGGAGGCCAAGAAGCCCACCAGCUGCGGCAUGAUAAAGGAUCCCAAUGGUAUCUUUAAGCCCUGCCAUGCUGUCGUGCCUCCCGAGCCGUACUUUGGAAACUGUGUGUACGACAUGUGUGCCACUGGAGGUCAGACCGUGGCUCUGUGCCAGGCCAUAGAGAGCUACGCUGACAUGUGUGCUGCUGCAGGAGUCCCCAUCGCAUGGAGAAACAACACCUUCUGUCCUCUGAAGUGCCCCCCAGGCAGUCACUACGAGCCGUGCGGCCCCGCCUGCUCCCAGCCCAGCUGUCAGAACCCUGCAGGCUCCGGCGGCUCCUGCAACCAGCCCUGCGUGGAGGGAUGCGUCUGCAACCCCGGCCUCAUCCUCAGUGGAGAUAAAUGUGUGCCGCUCAGCGAGUGUGGGUGUACUGAUGGAGAUGGAAACUAUAAACCAGUGGGAGACAGCUGGUUCACUGAGAAGGACUGCUCAGAGCGCUGCAAGUGUAACGGCAACAACAACGUCACCUGUGAGCCCUGGCAGUGCAGCCCUGCACAGGAGUGCAAAGUUGUAGAAGGAGUACUGGACUGCCAUUCUACAGGUAAAGGAGUGUGCCACGUGGCUGGAGAUCCUCACUACUACACCUUUGAUGGCUUGAUGCACACGUUCAUGGGCACCUGCACUUACACUCUGGUCGAGGUGUGUAAUGCCACCAUGGUAACUCCCUUCAAGAUAGUGGCUAAAAACGAGGAGCGUGGUCAACCAGAGGCCUCCUAUGUUCGUUCUGUCAAAGUCUACCUGCCUCAUGACACUGUGGUUGAACUGCAGAAGAGUCGCAGAGUUCUGCUGAAUGGACGGCGGGUGAAAACCCCAGUUUCCAUUGCCGCGGCCGGAGCCAAGGUGAUCACUAGCGGCUCCUACAGUCUGCUGGACACAAACUUUGGUCUGCAGGUGAAGUUUGACGGAGUCCAUCACCUGGAGAUCACUGUUCCUGGAGAAUACUUCAACAAGCUGUGUGGCAUGUGUGGAAACUACAACCACAACUCCUCUGAUGACAACCUGAUGCCCAACAAAAAACCAGCCAAGGAUGUGAUAGAACUGGGCAACAGCUGGAAAUCUGAUGGAGACAGCGAUCCUGGCUGUCAGCCAGACACUCGUCCGGACAUCCACCCUAACUGCACCGCAGAAGAAGAGAAGCUGUACGAGGCUCAGUGUGCCGAGGUCAUCCUCUCAGACCGCUUCAAGCCCUGCCACUCUCUGGUGCCCCCCGAGGCCUUCCUGGGUAACUGCAUCUACGACAUGUGCGAGUACGACGGCAUGCAGGCGACGCUCUGUGACAACGUGGAGGCGUACGCUCAGGCCUGCCAGAGCGCUGGAGUCACCAUCAGCUGGAGGAACAACACCUUCUGUCCCGUGCCCUGUCCUCCUAACAGCCACUACUCAGAGUGCACCGCCCCCUGCCCCCCCACCUGCUCCGACCUCUUCCCCAUGUUCUGCCACCUCCCUCCCACCACCUGUGUGGAGGGCUGUCAGUGUGACGCCGGCCACGUCCUCAGUGAUGGCAAGUGUGUUCCUCUGAACAAAUGUGGCUGUCUGGACACAGAUGGAGAGUACCAUGAUGUGGGAGACUCCUGGCUGACAGAUAAAUGUGCUGAUUUAUGCACCUGUAACCUUGGUGGCAAAAUCACAUGUAAGGACCACAGCUGUAAUUCCAACUCAGUGUGUGCUCUGGACAAAUAUGGAGACCUCUACUGCAAACCCACCAAGUUCGACAAGUGCAGCAUCUCUGGGGAUCCUCACUACCGAACAUUUGAUGGUUUCACCCAUCACUUCCAGGGUCCCUACACCUACGUCCUGACUCAGGGCCACAACCUGCAGAACUCUCUGUCGCCCCUGGUGGUGAGAGGGAAGAACAUCAGACGAGGAGGGAACAGGAGGGUGUCGUUCCUGGAUCAGAUGUACAUUGACGUUUAUGGUGUCAAUGUUUGCUUCCUGCAGAAAAAGAAAGUCCUGCUGAAUGGGGAGCGUGUUGCACCUCCUCUCACUCCAGUCGAAGGUUUGACCAUCACCAUGAACUCCAGGCAGGUCCAGCUCACCACUGACUUUGGACUCACUGUGCGCUUCGAUGGCAGCAGUCGCGGAGAAAUCGUACUGCCCAGCACCUAUAGAAACUCUGUCAGAGGGCUGUGUGGAAAUUACGACGGCAUCACCAGAAACGAGUACAUGAAGCCGGACGGAACAGUGGUCAGGAACCUGGACACAUUUGGAGAAAGCUGGAGGGUCAGUGACCGACAGGCGGAUCCACUGAAGAUCUUCAACCUUCCUCACACAGUCCACAGGCGAGAGGUGGAGACUGAUCCAGAUUCAGGAUUUGAGACAUCAGGCUGCUCUCAGUCUCAGCUCAAUGACUACAGCAGUGUGACUAAGUGUGGAGCGCUGUCUGACUCCAAGGGGCCUUUUGCUGCCUGCCAUGAGACGCUGAAACCUCAAACCUAUCAGGAUGACUGUGUGUUUGACCUGUGUGCUGAGGAUGGCAGUGCUGCGCUGCGUUGUGCGAGUUAUGAAGCAUACGCUGCAGCCUGUCAGGAGGCUGGAGUCAAACUUGGACCCUGGCGGAAGCAACUGGACUGUGUCCUCUCCUGUGUUGCCAACAGCACCUACUCUUCCUGUAUGUCACCUUGCCCCGCCUCCUGUGCCGACCUGGCAGCGCCGUCCGAUUGUGACGCCACUUCCUGCAUGGAGGGAUGCCAGUGUGCCGCAGGCUUCGUGAUGAGCGAGGGAACCUGCGUGCCAUACACACAGUGUGGCUGCACCUUCCUCGACAGAUACUAUACUCUGAAGGAGAAGUUUGUGACGGAGGACUGUUCUCAGGACUGUGAAUGCACCGCCACCGGUGCUGUGUGCCAGCCCAAGACCUGCCAGGCCGGCCAGGUCUGCGCCAUCUUUGACUUCAAACGGGACUGCUUCAAAGCGAGUCCCUGUCUCAGUUACCCCUGUCUGAAUGGAGGAAUUUGUUUGGACGCCCUCAACAAUACAUACACCUGUCAGUGUGCAGAAGGCUUCGAGGGUGCAAACUGUGAGGUGGAGAUCAUAGAGAGCGGAGGAUUGGAGACUAAGUGGAUUAUCCUGAUCGCAGUCCUGGCCGCAGUUGUCGUCAUCAUCAUUGUGACCGCCAUUGCUUGUGCUUGCAGAAAACAAUCCAAGAAAUACAAGUGCGAUGACAAGAAACUCCCUAUGAAACAAACAAGUGUUCCAUACCAAAACAUAGAUGACCAAAAAACUGAAAAAGCGUCUUCAAUGUGAUGACAAACUGUGUAUCUGAAUGUAUGAGGCGAACAUGAACACUGUUCUGAAGCUUAUUUAAUAGAAGAUUAAAAGAAAUGAAGGACGCCUUGUGAGAGUUGUGAAUAUUAUAGAUAUUGUUCUGUUGUUGUUUUGCUUUCUUAACUUAUGCUUUUGAAGAUGUAAUUUUAGUCAGAUGUGUGUGUUUAAUUAACAGGACAGUGGAAAUCUUGCUGUGUGUACCUGCAAGUGAAUAUUUACUUUCGGAAUUAAAUGCGUAUGUAAAAA